CCAGUCAACGCCCUCUCGGCUCUCACUAUCUCUAGCAGGGCUUCAUAAUCAGCCGAAUCUGCGUGCGGCGCGUGGCAGCCGCUGAUGCCUCUAUCCGAUAUCUACGGCAGUUGUCUGUCAUCGUCUCUCUCUAUAAAUAUGCAAUUGAGGAUUGUGCACGAUUCACAACUUCUCAAAGUGUGCUUCUUUCAAACACUGAAAUGUAUAUGGGUGAGUUUUUUACUGAGUUGAUUCCUGGCUUACCCGAAGAGCUCGCGCUUGAGUGCCUGACUCGUCUGAACUACUCGACUCACCGAGUCUCCGCCCAAGUUUGUCGCCGAUGGCGGAAGCUUCUGCACAGCAGAGACUUCUACUGCCACAGAAAGCAAACCGGGCAUACCCGUAAAGCGGCUUGUUUAGUUCAGUCGCUCCCGGUUCGACAGGGAUGUAACGGGUCCAAACCGGUUGGACCGCCGACUUAUGGGGUGUCCGUAUUCGACCCGGAGAGUGGGGACUGGGACUGGAUCGACCCGGUUCCCAAGUAUCCAGAUGGUCUUCCGUUGUUCUGUCGGGUGACGAGCUCGGAGGGCAAGCUGGUGGUCAUGGGAGGGUGGGAUCCGACGAGUUACGAGCCGCUGAAGGACUUGUUCGUGUACGAGUUCACGACUCGGCGGUGGAGGAGAGGCAAGGACAUGCCGGAGACUCGAUCGUUCUUCGCCGCUGGUGAGUUGGAUGGGCGAGUUAUCAUCGCCGGUGGGCACGACGGGAGCAAGAACGCGUUGCGGUCGGCAUGGGUUUACGACGUGAGGAGGGACGAGUGGACCGAAUUGGCCCCGAUGAGUCAGGAGCGAGACGAGUGCGAGGGGGUCGUGAUUGGGUCCGAGUUCUGGGUGGUGAGUGGGUACAAGACCGAGAGCCAAGGCGGCUUCGAGGGAAGCGCCGAGUCGUACGACUUGGGGACGGGUCAGUGGAGGCGAGUGGAGGACGCGUGGACGGCGACUCAGUUUUGUCCAAAGUCGUGUGUAGGUGUGGGAAAAGACGGGAAGCUUUUUUGUUGGGCUGAGUCGGACUCCGAGAUCCGAGUCGGGGCGUGCGGGAUCGAGUUGGGUCAGAGGACCUUCUUGUCCGGGUCGGCUUACCAAGGCGGGCCACAGGGGUUCUUUCUAAUGGAAGGACAAAACGGUAAACUGGAGAGGAUAGAAGUGGCUGAAGAUUUUUUGGGAUUCGUGCAAUCAGGUUGCUGCGUGGAGAUCUAAACCGUUUGUUUUGAUGGACACAGCAGCGAAUAGCGAUAAUAGUAGGUCGAUCUCUCGCUGUCGAUCAGAUCGAGCGUCAGACACGUGUCCUCUCUGUAGAUUUUGUAUGAGGAUGGAUGAAUGUCUGAGGUGGAUGUUAUGCAUUUUAGCGGACAUAACUACAUUUUCAGUACUAUAAUAUCAAUGUAAAAUAUUUAGUAUGAUUAUUGUUGUUUAAUAUAUGAUUAAGUGUUGUGAGUUCAA